AUGCUUUUCAGGAUUCUGGUUGGGAGCUUGUUAGGUGGGCACAGCCCAACAUGGUCUCUCGAUACUUAUCAGAUAUUUCGAUUGCUUGUGACCUGUAGAAAGGCUCUUCAGAUUUUAGCUGUAGCUUCUAGCAAAGAUAAUGUGGAUGGAAGUCAAUCUCCACUUUGCUUGUUUCCUUUGCCAUGGCUUCUAAAAUCAUUGUCAGUGGCAAUUAAUAAGUUUCAACAUGCAUUCCCUAAAGAUGUAGCUUUUGAAGCUAGAGCUGCACUUUUCUCAUUUUUGGAUUACACAUCUCAUGUGUUGCUGUUGGUGACUAAAAACCAAUACGAACAUGCAAUUAGCUCUGUUGUAUCUGUUAGGUAUUCCCACACAAAAAGAGAUAAAGCAGAUCAUGGCAGUCGCUACUUGCUGAAUCGGGGGAAUUUUCGCUAGAAGGAUUGGUAGGAGGUGGCCGACGCUGUCAACAUGCGCCACGGCCACACGAAGAAGACACGCCACACCGACGUCCGGUGUAAGAACCAGAUUGAUACUCUGAAGAAGAAGUACAAGACGGAGAGGGCGAAGAUCACUUGCUCCAAUAGAGCCCUAUCAUCAUCGUGGUCGUUUUUCCAGCAACUGGAGCUUUUAAUCGGAUCUAUAUUCCAGAGUCAUCAGAAUAAGGUCGCUUCGUCGGGGUCGGGGACGGCGACGGUGACGGUGACCGGUAUGCCAUUUCAGUCACCGCAAUCCACGCUACCAAUGUCCCUGCCUUCACCGCCGAUGGCCGUACCUCUGCCUUGCCAGAAGCCGUUGACGCCAGCGAUGAUUACGCUGAUGCUUUUGCCUCAGAAGCGCCCCACACCGUCAUCGGUGGUUGAUAAGUCGUACUUCUGGAGGAAUUACUCAGCGAUGUCUGCUGCAGUAGCAGCGGAGGCGGAUGAGGACGAUGUGGAAUCGGAUGGGGAGGAAGGUGAGGCCUGA